AUGCCUGGUGGUGAUACCUCCAAUGGACAGUCUGGUGCGGUAGCGCCGCCAUCGUCGACUUUUCAUCAGAUCACUCCGCCGAAGUACCUUGACUUGAAACGUAGUGGAGAAAUUGCCGAAAACUGGAAGCUUUGGAAGGAGAAAUAUAACAAUUAUUUUCUCAUCUCUCGCUUGGAUCGGGAAACCCCGGAGUUUCAGUUGGCGAUGUUCAAACAUACGAUCGGAGAUGAUGCGUUGAAAGUCAUCAAAACAUUCAACUACGCCGAGGGGGAGAACUCGAGUGAUUGACGCGUUGUAAUGGAAAAAAUGGAGAAGCAUUGCAUCGACGAAGUCAACGAAAUUUGGGAACGAUACUGUUUUAAUAUGAGAGACAAGCUUCCAACGGAGUCGGUUGAUAGUUUUGUUGCCGAGUUGAGGAAUCUGGCCAAAACAUGUAAU